GCAGCGAGCCGCUCAGUUUACGUUUCGGCCGCGUUGCCUUCAGUUGUACUUUCUAGAGUGUUCCGUGCAUUCCACAGCAUCGUCAGAGGCGCCUCCGAUUGCAAAACUCAACCAAAACUCAUUGUCAUUCAUCGCUAGUUUUCUGUGUGCGAUUCUGUGAGUGUGUGUGUGUGUCGUCUGUUGUGCGUGUGUCCACGGCCGUAGUUUUCCACUGGACACAUAAUUCUAGCAUUUAACAUUGCCUGCGAUUCAGGCGCGCUCGUGAUUUAGCAAGAGCGGAACCCGUCUACAAGGCGAAUCAUUUAAAGCACUUCCUCGAGCAUCUCCUGUUCCUGUACGCCGUUUAUCAGCCAUGAAGCAUUCGCCGCUGAUUGCCAGCGCUUGUCUGGCACUGGUGUUGAUGUCAUCCAGCCUGAUUGGCAGCUCUGAGGCCAAAAAGAAGAAGUAUGUCGGCGAAACGGGCGGUGAUUUUGAGUUUAUCGAUGAGAUUAACAAAAAUACGCAGAACAAGAAUUUGGGCGAACACAAGCGCUGGAUCCAUGAUCCCUCAAGUGACCUUUGCCGACCGCUGAACUGCAAGAAGCGUGAGAUUUGCCUGCUGGAGGACGAGUACAGCGCCGUGUGCGUGUCCAAGAAGGAGCUGCACAAGAAUCGGGAUGAGAUAAUCACCAAGGCCAAGUACAUGGAGGAGGAGGCCAAGCGGCGCGUCAAUCAGCAGGAUAACCAGGACAGCCAGGACGCCGAGGACCUCACCAAUGAUGAUGAGGACAACAGCAGCGAUAGCAGCGCCAGCAACAAUGCCCCAACCAAUGUCCAGGUCAACGAGGAGAGCGACGACGAGGAUAAGAGCCUGAGCCUGGGCGACGACGACGAGUCCAAGGAGGAUGAUGUCUUCUACGAAAACAACAUUGCCGGCGGCGAUAAGCAGCAGUCACAGCAACAGCAGCAACAGCAGCAACAACAGCAGCAGCAGCAGCAGCAGCAACAGCAGAUUCCACCAGCAGGACCACCGUCCGCCAUUCAGCAGGACGAUGAUGAGGAAUUGGACAACUGCAAGCCGUGUCCUGUGGCCAAGCCGACGUUCCUGUGUGGCGCCGACAACAGGACCUACUCAUCACUAUGCAGAUUGGAUUAUCACAAUUGCAUACAUUCGACAACCAUACGGAUCGCCUGCAAGGGAUUCUGUCCCUGCAAGGAGAAUGUCGAUGGCAAGCGGCUGCAGCGCAUUGCCGGCUACAACAAGUACAACAAGAAGAUCAGCCUCGAGCAGCAGCAGCAACAGCAGCAGCAGCAGGCCUACAAGGACAGCAGCAACAACAACAUCAUGAUGAACAGCGGCAACAUCAUGGGCGGCAACACCAACGACUUUAACACGAUCAUGAAUGACAAGGAGGAUAACAACCGGCACUAUAACCACAUCAAUGCGCAGUACACCUUUACGCCCGAGGAGAUCAAGUACGACAACAAGCACUACAAGUAUCUGAAGUACACGGCCUACAAGAAGGAUGCCAAGUACCAGGAGGACAAGCACAAGAUGCGCAGCUACAACGAGGUGGUGGAGAAGCAGCAGCAAAAGUUCAACAAAAAUAGUAAUUUGAAUGCCUAUCCAUCGAAAUCGGCCGAGUGCAAGCCACAGCAAUUGACAGCCAUUGGCAACCGUCUGCUCGAUUGGUUCUCCGUGAUCAUGGCCGACAGCAAGAAGCGACGUCAGCACAGCCAGAAGUCCAAGGCCCACUUCCCGCCCGCCUGCAAGACGGAGGCCAAGUGGAUGUUCGGCCAUCUCGAUCUGAACAAUGACGGGCAGCUGUCGCUGCAGGAGAUGUACGACCUGGAGCAUGACCAGAACGAGCGCUGCAUCAAGCCCUUCAUUGACACCUGCGACCUGGACACGGACAGUUCGAUCAAUACCCGGGAAUGGUGCCGCUGCUUCGAGAAGACCGAUCGCCCUUGUGCUGCGGUGCGACGAAGAAUCGCCGGCGACUUUGCAGGUGAGAUAGGCGCCUACGCCCCAGACUGCGACAUCCAGGGAUUCUACAAGCCCACCCAGUGCCACAAUUCAGUGGGGGUCUGCUGGUGCGUGGACAAGCACGGAGUGGAGUUCGCCAACACCCGCACACGCGGCAAGCCCAACUGCGAGUCCGUGGUUAAUAACGCCGCAUCACUCACUUCCGAUGACGAGGAUGAGGGUGCCGACGACGAGGACAGCGCGGAGGGCAGCGCCGAUCAGAUGCUGGUCUUUUAAGCGACCGACCCCGAACAGGAGGAUGGAGCCCGGCUGGGGAAAUUGAUAGCCCUGGGCCUUGGCGCAGUCAAUCAGCGAAGCGCCGUUAGGCCGCCAGCGUUAUAAAAGAAAAUUAAUAAUAUUAUUAUUACUAUUAUGAAAGCAAACAAACCGAAAAAUGGAAGUAAGAAAAACAAAAAAAGCAAAAUCAACAGCAAAUGCAAAAAAACGAAAACGAAAAGCGAAAACCCAAGCCCAAAAAAAAAGCCGAAACCGAAACAUAAAUGUGCAGUAGCCAAGUAAGCGUUUUUGAAUAGAAUCUACGUAAUAGCAAACGGCAGAAAAAACCACUCACACAUACAUAUAUCACGCACCACACACUGACACACACAAGGAAAAACUAAAGCUGAGCCAUCAUCGGACAAGCGCAAAAGCAAACCACAAGGAAGGUGCAUGGGAGAGCGAAACCAAAGAAAAAACUGUAGCAUAGUUGAAAGCGCAUUGCACGCAAAUCGUAGUAGCUACCCCUACCGCAAACACACACAGAUACACACACACACACACACACACACACACACACACACACACACACACACACAGCCACACACAGCAUCCACACAUCCGCCCAAACAAUUUGUUCAACCAAUCAGCAGCAGCACCAGGAAGCUCCAUUUAUCCCUUUUUCGUUACACGUACGCCUGGCCAUUUGAACGGAUGGUUGAACGGCCAUUUAACUAGCUUCCGUUAUCGCAAGCAAAUCCGUCUAUUUUAGCCUUUUGAGACAAGCUGAGAUGCAUUAGAUACGAUAAAACAUGCAAUUAUUGGCCGCCCUCACCCCCCAUUGUCUGUCCUACUCUGCUUUCGCGCAAGCCAAAACACGACACACGCUAAGAAUUCCGCCCAAAUAAAACAAAAAAAGAAUAUAUAAAAAUUUAUGUGAUAAGUUUUUGAAAAAUGAAGCAUUGAAGCAGUUUAUAUGUACAUGAACAAUGACUACCGGACGGACAGUAGCAGUCUGAAUAUCGGAAUCAACAUGGCGACAUCCCCCAAUCGGAAUGUCGAAGAUUCAGACUCAGAUAUUCAGAGUCAACGCGUGGCCAAAGAGUAGUCUGUGUAGUACUUAGUGUGGAGCCGAACUCAUAACGCGUUCACUUAGUGUUACUUCCCAGAUAUAUAGUGAGAGAACCGAUCGCUAAGGCUAAUGGCUUGUGGCUUUUGAGCAGCAGCAGCAGCAACAGCAUUAGCAUUGGCAUUGCAAUUGCUUUGUUAAGAAACGAAAUAUUCAUUUGUGUCAGCACCUGCCAGGGCAAAACGUAGCACUUGCUUCUAUCUUAACCGAAUCUCAGUAAGACAACACACACAGACACCCAUACGGAUACACACACAACACACAUUUGUAUUUUGGGCAAAACUUAAGCUGCAACCGAUUUACGGUACAGCAAUGAAAUUUACGACACAUACAGACACACACACUCCAUACGAAUAAAUAAUAUAUAAAACAUAAGCGUACGUGACAACAGCUUACACAUGCAUAUACAAAUGAAUAUAUAAUAUGUCUAAUAUGUAAGUAUAUAAGUGGCAUAAUUAAGUGGCAGCAAACAGCAGAUCGACACACGACUUAUGUAGUUCAUCCUUAUAUUAUAUUUUUAAUCUAACCUUUUUUUUUAACAUUCUCCAAACGGUCAGAGAGAGGAAGAAUCAAUGUUUUUAACAUAUUUAUGAGCGAAUAUGAUAAAUAUAAACAAAAUGCUUGCAACCAAAACGAAAUUAUAUAGCCAAUUGUAGUAAACGAAAAACCAAAACCAAAACCAAAACAAAAACCAAAAAUACGACAAAAAAAAAACCAAUGCAUAUGAAUAAACUUUUUAAUUAUAGCAAAAAUGUACGAGUACGAUUAUAACCAAGUAACAGAAAACAUUAUAAAAACAAUCAUUUUGAGAUCCAGCGAAAGCGUGGAGAUGAAUCUGUUUUCGGCUGCAUUUAAAA